AUGUCUAAAAAGGCGCAGAGAUACGCUAUAAAAGCUCGUCAACGAAUACAAAGACGAGCCAGAGAGACUGACCAAAAGGAGCUCGAAAGAGCGUACAAUGACUGGGAAUUUCACAAAAACUUGCUCGAAAACAAAUCGAUUGAGAGGACUAUUGGACAGGCCCGCAUAGAUACAAGUGCAAAUGCCGUCCAAAUGUCACCAGCUGGUUUGCAAUCAGACAAUAGAUCCGUUGCGUCAUCUCUCUUCCUCGGCCCAAAAAGCACCUGCAAGACAGAGCUAUCGAGAAAGCUAUCCGGGGCAUUGUUAAAUGAUCAGAAACAAGCUUUGAUCAACAUCAACAUGUCGGAAUAUCAAGAAAAGCAUACAGUAUCGCCUUUGGUCGGUGCAACUCCUAGAUAUGUAGGGUACGAGGAAUCAGGACAGUUAUCAGAAGUGAUGAGACGUCGACCAUACUCAGUCGUACUGCUUGAUUAG